AUGGAAUACAUUACGACCUUGCCCAAUAUAUCAUUAAAGUACCUGCAGUAUCGUGGAUUUGCAGCAGUUACUGCUCUAGCAGCAGUAGUUGCAUUCAUCAACCUCGUUAUGCUAACGAUUGUAGUUGUUAAAUUAAUUCAAAAUGCUUCAGCUACAAGAGAGCUCAACGCCAUCAUUGUAGCAUUGAACUUGGGUUGUCUUAUUCUCCAACUGCUCGAGUUUAUUGCCAUUUAUGAUUUCAACAUUCAAAUUGACCAUCAGCUUGACUGUGGAGUUCCAUUUCUAACGGCGUCUAUGCUGGGUGGGGCAUCGAUGCUGCAACUUGAGAUUCGUAUUAAAUUUGAUGCAUUAUUUGAUACGGAAUCAUCCAGGAGCGGGUUUUGGACAUAUAGAUGGAAGUUUUAUGCAAGAGUGGGUCUUGCUAUUGUUCACUUUGUUUUAUGCUGGCCAGCCUAUUUGCUAUCUUCAGAUAUCAUAUGGGUGGAUCAGUGGCAUUAUGCUGGAUUGUCCAUUCAAGCUCUGUCACUGUCGAUUUUCAGUUUUUUAUUGGCUAUUUUGAUUACGCAACGUCUGAUUUUAUACUACAAAUCCGACCCAAAAGUCGAAGCACUUCGAUACCAAUGCAAUAGUUUAAUUUUUCUACUUAUAAUCACUCUUUUUAUGGACAUACUUGGCAUACUUGCAUACACGAUGGAAGCUUUUCUUAUCCAAGAUUCUCGAGAAUACAUGCGGAAUUUAGCAGCACUUGCAGAUCAGUUUGCGAUUGCAACACUUGGAAUAGAGAUAUUUUGCGAGUCUGCCACAUUGCUCAUGGUUGUGCAUUUAGUGAGAUCGAGACAAGCGGAUUUUGUACCAACCAAAUCAGGCUCACUUUUUGACGAGACCUUCAAGAGCGUUGUGUCCAAAACAUGUGCGCCAAGAGAAAUCCCAACCACACUGUCAAGCUCACUCUUUAAAAAUGUGACGCUUGAGCGACGAUGCGACAAUGGAUCUUCAUUGGUAUGCAAUAGUUUUACCAAGACUUCUAUUUCGUGUUAA